GUCGCGGCAGUUUGCGAACGGCCGCGCGACGGUACGGUUGAUUGGGAACGCGGUGAUCAAAUAUGGUCAACCGAGAGUGAUCGCUUACUCUGAAACCCGCCAUCACGCCGUCGUAGCAUGUGCCCGCUAGUCCGCAGCCACGUAUGCCGCUUACCGCAUCGCGAGCCGCACAAUAAACUCGUCUCCUACGGCUACCGUUAAGGGCAGCCAUAUUCCUCCGCGCGCGGGGUUUUUUUUUCUCCACGCUCGCGCGCAUGUGACCCCCGGGGGGACACUCCGGAGAAUCUAGCAACCCCCUUUUAAAUCCGCGCUUUGCCGCUUUGAUCCACGCGCGCGUGGUCGCGAGAAUAUCGUAUGUGUAUAACGUGUGUGCCUGUGCGCGCGUGGUAGUAUGAUCUUCUCUUGGAUAUUCCAGUGAGUCCGUGUGGUGAGCGCCUUAUACCGGGUGACCGAGUCGAGCGCGCGCGAAGCGGCGUAUGGUCUUUUUUUUCUUUUGCUGUCGCUCUCGCUGCGGAGCACAGAGAAAGAGAGAAAGAGGCAGGGGGAGAGAGAGAGAGAAAGUCGAGAGCGGCAGUCGGUCUGCGACGAGAGUACAUCGGCAGGGAUUCGAGAGACAGAUAGAGAAAGAGACUGACGGGGGAGCGGCGGGAGAGGAGGGAGCGAACCGGCGUGGUAAAAGGAAUCUCGACCGAUUUCCAAGGAGACCCCGGCUUGUCAGGAUGAGUUAUUGCACCAGCGCGCCCAUGGUCACGCACACUUGCGAGACUCUUCUCAGCAAGUGCGAAAUCCCGAUCAUCGACCUCGCUCACAUGGGCAUUUUGCUUAUUUCAGGCACGGAGAGAUGUCCUCAGAAGGGAGUCGUGAAGCAGGUGGCCUCGAAACUGCUAAGGGCGCUGUCCGAGAAAGGAUUGGCCUUGCUCGUCAACCACGGCAUUCCAGAGUGCAAGAUGAAGGCAGCUUACAGAGCCCUAGACGCAUUUUGCGAGCUGCCGGAGGAAACGCGAGCAAAAUACGAGCGCGUUUCGCCGGAUAAUCACGGUUACGUUAAGCCGGGCAUGGAGAAAUUUUCGGACGAGAUGGAACUUCGCCAUACUUUCAACGUGACCGGAUGUGGACGAAUCCUGCCGGAAGAUGAGGUUCAUGGAUUUAGAUCGGCGGUGGACGAAUUGACACGUGAUUUUAAGCAACUGGCUACCAUGCUCCUUAACGCUCUGUCCGUGGGUUUGGAACAGUCCCACGACUUCCUGCUGUCGAAGCAUGCGCACAUACUCGGCCCUGGCAACGCGUCCACCAUGCGUCUCCUCUACUAUCCGCCACUCGGUGCACCGGUACAAGGACUGACCCGAUGCGGCGCUCAUUGCGACUAUGGCACUUUCACUUUGUUGGCGCAGGACUGCGAGGGUGGCCUUGAAAUACAAACUGGGGAAAGAUGGGCUAGAGUGGGUCAUCUCCCAGGCGCCAUAUUGGUGAACACUGGCGAGUUACUAGGACACUGGACCAACGGGCAGCUUCCAGCACUCAGACAUCGCGUCGUUGUGCCGGAACACUGUGGUCGCGGCCGUCAUUCCAUCGCCUUCUUUGUGCAUCCAGACGACGAUAUUCCUAUCGAGCCGUUAGACACAAAGAUUACCAUAGCCAAUCAGGAAACAACCCCUUGCCGCCUCCAGAAAAAAAAGCGUAGCGUCCUCACGGCGUAUCAGCAUCUUCAACGUCGUUUUCGCGAGACUUACGCGUCCUAAUGUGCUACAUCCCGAAUAUUCUGUCAGGGUGAUCUAAUGGACCCAAAACCGGAAGCUUAGUCUUCUUCACACACACGUGGAGUAAAGAUAAAAUUUCGCGGAAAUUCAGAAGAGAUCGAUUUUACGGGCAAUGAAAUUAAGAUUACCGCAAGCUAUGUUUUAAAGCGUGACCAACAUAUUUUGCUGUACAUUGCUUGAUAUAUUAUAAAAGAAAAAAAUAUGUUUAAAAAGUGCAUAAUAUCCAUUCCGUUUAAUGUGAACAUCCAAAGAACAGAAUUUUCACCGAUACUUUUAAUUCUGAUCAAUCUUAACGGUAUAGCUUGGCUGUCUUAAUCUCAUAAAUUGCGUAUUCAAGAAUCAGAUACCUUCACGAAGCGAAAUUAUUAAACUGAAUGUCAAAGAAAAAUGUAAAAAGAAUGUAAAAGAAGAUUGCGAGUCUCAGGCAAUAAUAAAUAAAUUUGUACUUAAUUCGAAAAUAUUUCCGUUAUUCCUGUACUAAAUAACCAACUCGAAUGAAGAGAAUAUACAAUAUCGUUUUGCUUGAUUUAACCUUGCGAUCUUUAAAAUCCUUUAGAAGCCGGGAUCCCAGUCAGUUUCUUGUGGUUUUUGGUAUAUUUUAUAACAAAUUAAAACGUCCCCGGUUUUGAAAGACAAUGUGGAAUCUUCGAAUCUCAAGCCGCAUUCCACGUCAGUCUUGAUCGUUUCCGUUUCAUUUUUCAAAUGUCUCAUUGACACCAAUUUCCCUAAAAAGACAAGUAAAUGUCAUUUUGUUUUUCUUUCACGAUUUUCAAUCAAGUAUUUUACCAGUAUACAGGAUUUCCUGUCCACGCAUCAAGCGGUACAUCGCGUCCUUCUUGAGAACGCCUUUGACGCACCGGCAACCCGCAACCUUUACUUUCUUUUUCUUAUCUGUGAUCUCGAACUCUUGCAAUACAUUUGCUUCGCCUGUAAAAAAAUGUAAGGUCAAGAAAAUAAAUUUAUAAUUACUCUACU